GCGGUUGCAAGGCAACAUGUCUGCCCCGUGAAAGACGAAAGCGUGUGAAUCAGAUAUUCUUCAGUUUUUUUUUAUCCUAUUCCACCGAAUAGAUGGAAGUUCUAUUGUUACUUUAAUAUCCCGGAAGUAAUCCUUUGUAGAUAAUGAGUUUUUCCGUAAAGAAAACCGGCGGAAGAAUGUGGCACGAAGCUCGAAAGCAAGAAAAAAAGAUACGUGGGAUGUUGGUCGAUUAUCGUCGACGGGCCGAACGUCGUAGAGAUUAUUAUGAAAAAAUUAAAUCAGAUCCUACCCAGUUCCUUCAACUUCAUGGCAGACCGUGCAAAAUACAUUUGGAUCCAGCUAUAGCAGCUGCUGGUGACAGUCCAGCAAACAUGAUGCCGUGGCAAGGAAACGAAGACAAUCUUAUAGAUCGCUUUGAUGUACGUGCUCAUCUAGAUUGGAUACCAGAAGCAUCGGAUACCAUUGACGUUGAUAUCGCUCUCACGAGCGAAGACAGACAUAUCAAUUAUGAACGUUAUCGCAUAAUUGUUCAAAAUGAAUUUUUGGGAGUCGCGGAAGAAAAAUUUUUACAUCAAAUACAUUUGGAGGAACAAUUUGGUUCGUCUACGAAAGUAGAUGCUUCAAAAGAUAAGAAAAAAUCUUCUAACAAUGCUGCUAUCGGUUACAACUAUGACACGGAAGAACCAAUUCCCGAUGCAGCAAAAACGUUAGACUCCGUUAUAGCUGACGAGAAACCUGACGACGAGGACAGCGAUAUUGAUUUAGAUAUUUGCGUUGACGUUUCUCAAAUCGAACCUUCCCAAGCGCACGAGAUGAAUUUGGUUGCCCAAAAGUAUGGACUUUUGGGAGCUGAUUAUUUUAGUUUCUUGACCCAGGAUUUUGAAGAGGCAGAAACGCUAAGACAAGCACGCAAGCAAGAAGAAGAAAAGGCGAUGUAUUCGGGUCGAAGAUCUCGCAGAGAGAGACGAGCUUUUCGAGAAAAGAAGAUGAUCGGUCGUGUUAUGAGUCCACCAAGUUACGCAGCUCGUGAAAGUCCAGAAUACAAUCCUUACAGGAAAUCUUCCUCAAAAUCACGUUCACGGUCUGUUUCGCCUGUAAAUACUGGACAAAUUACUUAUAUCACAAGUUUCGGCGGCGAGGAGGAAGCUCACAGUAGCUCUUCUCACGUAACUUCAUCGAAUUCGAAAAAAGUCAAUUAUUCGCAUCUUAGAAGAAGAAGAUCUGAAAGUCCUGUUUCGAACGAAAGGACAGUUAAUAGAAAAUUAUCGAAAUCUAGAUCAAGAAGCUGUUCUCGCUCUGUUAGUAGAAGCAAAUCUUACAGGACACGCGACAGGAGGCGCAGUGUCUCGCGAAUGAGAUCCAGAAGGACGCGAUCGAAGCAUAGGAAAAUGCAAAGAUCCAGAACAAGAAGCCGUUCUCGACGAUCGAGAACACGUAGUAAAUCUCGAUCUCGAUGUAGAAGUACAAGCAGAUCAAGGUCGCGUUCGCUUUCACGAUCUCGAUCGAGAUCCACUUCGCGUCAACGUCAAAAAAGAUCAAGAAGUUCCUCGUCGAGCAGCAUAUCAAGAUCAAAAUCAAGAUCAAGAUCUAAAUCGCAUCACAGAAGUCGUUCCAGAGAUAGUUAUCGUCGAAGACGUUAUUCUCCCUCAAAAUCGAGAUCAAAAUCACGUUCAAGAUCAAAAUCUCAAACGAGAUCAAGAUCUAGAUCUAAAAGCAAUAAUAGCAAACGAUCACGAAGUAUUGAAAAUAAAGCGCAAACACUGCCAAGAUAUUAUGGCCGCCGUGGUAAAUCCUCCAGUCUUGAAUUAGAAUUGUCUGACAAGGAAGAGAAAACCACAGCACCAACGCUAAAGCCAACAGUAACAACCGCAAGCAUAAACAAGCCAAAAGCAGGGUUAAGUACAAAUUCUGGUGGCGGACACAAAUCUACGAAAAUAACGCCUCAAGAGCGGCUUAAGAAAAAAAUGCAGGCUCUAUUAAAUAGGCAAUAUAAAGCAGACAAGAAGGCAGAACAAUUGAGAAUAGAAAAGAAGGAGCAGCAGAGACAAGACCGAGAGGAUGAGAUUAGAGAAAUGUCAUUAAAAUUACGUCGAAAGCAAAGAGAGCGAAGACAUCGAUACGAAGGUCACAGUUCGGAUUCACGAUCUUCUAUAUCUCGUACGCCGAGUCCAGGACGUAGUCCGAGACAUCACGUACGUCGAGAUAGGAGAGACAGAGACAGGGAUUUAGAAAUAGAUCGCGAACGAGAUAGAGAUAGAGAAAGGGAUAGAGAAAGAGAUAGACGUGAUGACAGAGAAAGAUGCAGGCAAGAAACACGAAGAAGAUACAGAGAUUCUCCGCUCCGUUCUUUAAGUCCAAGAAGUAGUCGAGGCUUGGUAGACUACUAACGUGAGAGAUAAGAAUAUGCCUAAUUCGUUAUAUCCAAUGAUUUUAUAUAAUUUAUAAAAAACUUCCUGUUCAUUGCAUUCCUUCUUAGAAGUGCUGCUUCAUUUUUGACUUACACGAAGAAAAAAUAUAUUGAACUGUAUUGUGCAAGCUAUUAUAAAUUGAUUGGAAUCUGCUGUAAA